AUGCUGUUAGCAUUUUUCUUCGGUCUAUGUAUCGCUUCUGCGGUCGGAUUACGUGGUCCACAUCAUCCAAGAAGCUCCAUUUCCCAUCAUCAUUACUCGCCUCAUAAAGGUGUUAAGUUGACGCAAGAUACCGAAUUGCUUCACGAUGCCACUCAUUUGAAAGAAGACAUGGGACCGAUAGCGUCCCAGCUUGAUUUUUCCAAAAUGAGCGAACAGGAGAUCGAAUUCCAUUACUUCAAAGUGCACGAUAUCGAUAAUAAUACGAAAUUAGAUGGCCUUGAAAUUCUUCAUGCCAUUCAACAUACUUUUCACGAAUAUAAUAUGGUCGAUGAAGAAGGUAGAAAUUUUGUGGAGGAUGAGCCACAAAUACAAGAAGACGAAUUGCCACGGAUCGUAGGUUUCAUAGAUAGAGUGUUGGAAGAAGAUGAUUUGGAUAACGAUGGUUAUUUAGGAUACGUUGAAUUUGUCUUGGGAAGGCGAAAGGAUCAUAUUACGCAAGCAAAAAGAAACGGUAGAAAUAAUAUGAAAGAAUAAAAGAAAGAUCAUGUUCAUUCGUAUUUAUAAAUAUUCUUUAGAAUUAACAAUUCACACGUAUCUUUUUUAUAACAUUAAAUAUGACUUCAAGCACGAUCAUGAGAAAUAUUGUAUUCCGUAGACAAUAUUAAAGUAUUUUUAGUUAGACGAUUUUUGCAUUUACAACAUAAUUAAAUAUUUCAAUGUAUAAUUUUUAUAUAUGACUUUGAUCGUUCUCAAGUGGUAAAGAUAAAAGAUGGAAUUGACGUCUAAUUGUAAGAUAAACGUUGAUAUAAAUCAAUAAAAGAAAAAGAACAAGCGAAAGAAAAAAAUCAAAAUCGAUUCUCCGCAUAAA